AUGGCUGAGAGCGGCCGGAGCCUGCAAGCUCGGGCCCUGCUGCAGCAGUGCCUGCGCGCCCAGCUGCAAGUCCGCCCCGCGGAGGGCGACGCCGCGGCCCAGUGGGUGGAGAUUGAUAAUUUUCUUUAUGCUUGUUUUUCACUUCCUCUUGUUUUAUUUUCUUCCCACUCAGUUAAUACACUGCUAAAUGUGAAAUUAAGUGAGACAGAAAAUGGUAAGCGUGUCUCUAUCUUGGAUCUACCUGGCAACAUUCUUAUUGUUCCUCAAGCCACUCUGGGCGGGAAAGUGAAAGGAAGAAAUGUGCAGUAUCACUCUAACGCUGGAAAAGAAGAGGGGCUGGAACUGUAUUCCCAGUUUGUGACUCUGUGUGAACAGGAGCUAGCUGCAAACAGCAAGUGUGCAGAAGCUCGGGUUGUGGUGGAACACGGUACUUACGGAAACAAGCAGGUGUUGAAGCUGGACACAGAUGGACCGUACACACACCUCAUUGAAUUUUGAACCAUUGAAGUUGGUUUCUGCAACUGUUUUCUGGAAUACAGUUGUCAGCACUGUUACCAGAUUUUCUUCCCUUAAUCUUGAACACAGCAAUCUUUUCAUAUUUUGCAGCAUUUAAAAAAAUAUUUUUUAAUUUUGCAGCAUUUUUAGAUAAAACAUUUGGGUCUCACCUAUAACUGCAAUCUGCUAAUUGGGUGAGCUUGCCAAGUCACCCAAACGGUGAACCUUAGUGUGAUCGUUCACCCUGUUCUGCUGCCAUUCAGAAUUUAGGAAAAUGUCUUAUUCAUUCCAUAGGCAUUAUGAACAUGCUCUUUGGGAGUUACAUUUGAAAAAUUGCAUAUAUUUGAAGUAUUUUUCAGUGAAGAACUUUGUGUGGUAAAGAAAAUAUCAUUUACUAUACCCUAAAAGUUAAUUAGCAUGUGAAAAAUUAACAUAAUAAAAUCCAAUACAAACUGA